AUGAACUCUUUCAGGUACCCUUCUUCCAACUCCAAAAAGGUAUUUGUAGUUAGGCAAGACCUGAAAAUGGGAGCUGGAAAGAUUGCAUCUCAAUGUGCUCAUGCUGCUACUGGCAUGUAUUCCGAGCUGAUGCAAAGCAAUCGGUACGUUCUGAGGCAAUGGGAGCUUUGCGGGCAGGCAAAAAUCGUCGUUACAUGCAAGAAUCAGCAAGAAAUGAAUAAGCUGAAGGAUGCAGCUGAGAGUAUUGGCCUUCCAACUUUCACAGUUGCUGAUGCCGGGCGAACCCAGGUUUCAGCUGGAUCGAAAACAGUCCUUGCUAUUGGACCUGGAAAUAAAUCAGCAGUGGAUUCAGUAACUGGGAAGCAGCGUUUGCUUUGAUGUUAGAGGCUAUAUGGUUUGAGAGUGAUUAUUGAUUACUGAUUAGUAAUUAACUAAUUACCAUAUUUUUUCUUACUUUUUUUUUCUGUAGCUCCUUGUUUACGGACUAUCAAUGAGUCACUAAUAUACAUGUUCACUGCACUAUUGCUUUAAGGUGGAGAGAGUUAAAUAAAAUAAAAAAUAAAACAAGAAAAAAUUCAGCACCCACAUGAGGAUUUGAUUAAUGGAUAUGAAAAUGAAUUGACACAAAUUCUCGUGUGAGACA